UCGAACAAAUUUAACCUUAUUUUCGUUUAUAUUUCAUUCGAUAUUUAUUUGGUUUCGAAACAUUAAUAAAUUUGGUCGUUCAUCUACAUUAGUUAGAAAUAUGGACAAAAUUGAAGAACGUGAUACCAGAAUGGUUUGCAAAUAUGGGAGUAAAUGUUAUCAGAAGAAUCCAGCUCACUUUGAAAAAUAUAAACAUCCAAAAAGAAAAUUGGAUCAGGGUAAGGCACCUAUGGCUAAAAGGAAAAAGAUUGAAAUUGCAAAAGAAACUAUAUCAGACUCUGAAAAUGAUUCAAACUCUGAAACAAUCAUUAAAAAACCCAUCAAAGCAAAAGUUGAAGCUAAACAUCCCAUCAGCACUGAAGAUACUGCAGAUAAAGAAUCAUAUAUAUUCAAAGCCAGGGAUAGCACGAAAACAGUUCCUAAUUCAAUUGAUGAAAAGCUAUUCAUUAAAGAGAAAUUUUUGGUUGAAAUGCCUGAUGACUUUUACAAAUUUUGGGAUUUCUGCAAAGAAAUAAACGUUUUGCAUCCAGAAAACGCUUUGGAGGAAAUUGAUUUGCAAUUGGUUGGUCCAUUUGAUGUGUUAGCUCAGAAAUUCUGCAACAAACCUGAACCUUCACCAGAAGAAUAUUUAUUUCAUUGGAGAUAUUAUUAUGAUCCACCUGAAUUUCAAACAGUAUUAAAAGGAGACAAUUCUAAAGGUUUUCAUAUCGGUUAUUUUCGCGAUGAUCCAAAAGAGUUGCCCAUUUUCCUGGCUUCGAAUUGCGCGAAAAUCGAUGGUGUGCUCAAACAAUGUGGUUGCAACAUCUUUGCAGCAGUCAGUUUAUAUUUAGAAGAUUUUGUUAAAUCUGCAGAUGUCUUCAAAAAAAUGGCAGUGUCUAAGUUACACGGAUUGUUACGAAAAUUUGCUCAAAAAGAAAAUAUAGCAUUAACACUUAAAAACGAUGCCAUUAACAAGAGAGAUAGGAAAGUCGUAACGAAAACUUUUAACAGGAUUGGAUUAGUCGUGCCUUAUGAUAAAAAAACGCAAUUAGGUUACAGAGAAUUGGCCAUGGACAAUAAAGGAUUGAAAACGCUAUUCGGAAAACUAAAGGACGCCAGCGAGCAACAUAUAUUAAAUUAUUUAUCAGACUUGCAGCCGGUUAUAACGUACGCCAGUAUCGCUGCAGAUGAAUGCGAUUUUGGCACAGGUUUAGAGUUGGGACUGAACAUUAUGGCUUUCGGUUUAAAAUGUUUGGACAAAACAGCCAUUACCUUUCUAACUAAUUCGUAUACGUUAUUGAAACGGGACGAGUUUGCCAAAAUUGCGAAAGCGCACAUGGAGAACCGCAGGAAAGGUUCAGAGUUAAGUAUAAUUAUAUAACUUUGCUAUUUAAAGAUAAAUACAGUUCAUCUUUUAUAA